GAAAGGCUGCGCCAGUGGCUGCGCGGGGCGGGCUGCGAGAACGCGUCACCGCGUGAACAUAGAAUAAAGACACCGGCAGACAGGCGUUCUGCGGCGUGAAUAUGUAGCGCAGCCCGUAGGUCGGCACAAAAUGAGGGUCGCGGAAGCGCUGGCCGUCGCUUUUGGCCUGUCAGUGCUCAGCGAGAUCGUAUACUUUAUCUACAGGAAGGCGACGUGCAAGAAGAAGCGACGCCAGAGCAGGAAGGCCGCUGCCUUCAGCAACCAGGUGAUCUUCUUCCCCGACCGCGGUGUGGCUUGUCCCAAGGCGACGCACGACGACUCCGACACGUGCGGCAACCCGCGCUGCUGCUUCCUGCACGGCCGCACCUCGCUGCGCACGCUGGUGCACACGCUCACGUCAGCUGAGCGCACACUCGACGUAUGCGUCUACAUGAUCACCUGCGACACCCUGGGGGACGCCAUCCUCAGCACGCACCAGCGCAGCCGCACCGUACGGGUCAUCACCGAGGACGAGGGAUCCGACUCGCCCGGCUCACAAAUCGGCAGGUUACGCGAAGCCGGCAUCCCCGUGCGGGUGAACAACCAGACGUCAUUCCUGAUGCACCACAAGUUUGCGCUGGUCGACCGGGAGGUGCUCAUUAAUGGCUCCUUCAACUGGACACGCCAGGCCAUCACAGGCAAUCACGAGAACCUGCUCAUGACGAGCGAGCCAGACCUGGUGGACGCAUACACACAAGAGUUCGAGCGGCUCUGGGAGCUGUUCAAGCCGCGGCCACGACACAACCUGGAAUGUACGCGGCAAACUACCGAGUCAUGGUGACCCAGGGCCUCACUUAGCCCCCAAGCCAGAACAUGCUAUGACCGCCCACUAGCUGGUGCCUCCUAUGGAUUGGGCGUGUAUCCAUGCACGCAUGGUCAUACAAGUGGCAUUCCAUUUGUACAUUUUGUAUAUAUAAUUGUGCACGAUGCUACUGACCAAGGCGGAAAGACACUGCCAUAUCUCCUGUUUGCCUGCUCCUUAGUAAAUGUCAAUAUAUUGGUCACCAUUAUGAGGUUGGCUUGAUUACGUCGUAUUAUGUGUGAAUUCGCAUGCCACUGCUUUAGAAGUACUUUAUCAUGGUUUUACCAUGAGCACUCUAAUAUAGCGAUAAAAUAAAUUACGAUUAUGAUGCUGUA